AUGUCUUCUUGGCAAGAUUAUGUUGACAAACAUCUUAUAGCAUCUCGAUGCGUUACCAAAGCCGCUAUCUCAGGUCAUGACGGCACUGUAUGGGCUACUUCAGAUGGAUUUAAUGUUACCAAGGAAGAACUCAGCAGACUAAUUGCUGGUUUUGAAAACCAAAAUGUUUUGGCUGCUUCAGGUGUAACGUUAGCUGGCAGUAGGUUCAUUUAUUUGUCUGGUACUGAUAAAGUCAUUAGAGCAAAGCUGGGUAAAGUAGGCGCACACUGUGUGAAGACCCAACAGGCCGUUGUUGUUUCAUUAUAUGAAGACCCCAUUCAACCACAACAAGCUGCCUCUGUUGUUGAAAAGCUUGGCGAUCAUUUGGUUGCCCAUGGAUACUGA